GGUGAUGAAUUGGGCCCAAGUAUGAGAGGCUGGGAUUCGAGUCCGCCUAGUAUAGUAAGCUUUUCGUCAUGGUUGACGUCAGAAAGAAAUCAGUGCCAGGUUUCACCUACAGCUUAUUCAAGCAAACGUGGUCCUUUGUUUUCCUCCAUUUCUUUAGAUGAAAGACCACUUCAUAAGUUUUUAAUGGGUUAUGGUUUUGUGAUUGUUUUUUGUUCGGCACUCCUUGAGCAUUAUUUGAAUCUGAUCACGUAUAGCUCGAACCAAAUUCCUUUUCACAUUGCUAUGUGUACAAAACUGAUAAGAUGUUUAAACCAACUCGUUUUCGAAAUAAAUGCUCUCCUCACGGUGCUGUUUCUCUUUCAGUCAAGCUGUUUACUCCUGUUCUGUUCACAGGAACAGAACAGAACAGAACGGUUGUAA